AUUUUGAAAGUGAAUGUUAAGUCUGCAUGUUUUAUUCACUGCCAAAUUCAGACGAUGCGUCUCGACUUUUGCGCAGUUGUCUCGCGCGCUCUGUAGCAUCGAGGUCGAAUAAACUGUCUCCGGAUUUUAGCAGAACGUUACGAUACGACAUUGAGUUAGGAUAUAUGAUAUACAUUUUCUUUACAUAUAUAUAUAUGUAUAUAUGUAUUUAUACAUGUUAAUAUAUAGAUAAAUGUGUAUAUAAAUAUAUAUUUAUUAUCUCGCGUGUUGUCAGACAGUUCGCGUUAUCAACGAAUUCAUCGUACUCGAGUGAGACGAGAUUAGCUUCAAACGGAGCACUUGACCUUGAACUUACAGCUGUUAAAUUAGUAUCAAUGUCAACUCUUUAUUUUAUUUUUUAUUCGACUGGGAUCGGUCGUUGUGUUGUCUAAUCCAGGCGCGGAUAAGUUAUCAGUAUUUAUGUCGGAUUAAUCAUUUAAUAAAAUACUUUUAAUUUUAUCAUCAUUAUUAUUCUUAUUUUUAUUUUGCGCGUAUCUAUUUUUUUUAUCAAAAAAAAAACGAGAUAAAAAUAUAAAAUUACCAUUUUUUUCAAGGUUCGAAAUUGCGGAGUUAAAUUUAAAUUUAAAUUUGAAUUUGAAUUUAUAAUUACCGAGUACCAAAGAUUCGCGUUAUGUGAUUGAGUGAACGAAACCAAAAUUGCAACCAAAUUAUUACGUUUAGUUUAAAUUAAUAAUACGAGAAUUUAAAAUGAGUGAUAGUUUGAAUCAAAAUAUGAUUUUUUGAAAAUUCGUGGGUUUGAAUUUCCGGAAGUUGUGGGAUUUGUGCAUUGUAACAGAGUGAAUUGUUAACAAUAACAAUAAUAAUAAUUAUAUAAAUAUACAAUUCUUCUUACAAAAGUAAAACCGGUUGAGCAUCAAGAUGAUGAAGAAAGAGAAACCUAUGAUGUCGGUGACGGCUAUAAUCCAGGGUACACAGGCUCAACAUUGGGCUCGUGGUAACACCUGGUUGAGUCUCGAAAGCAGCAAUAUGUCAAUGUCUUCAGUAGGUCCUCAGAGUCCUCUUGACAUGAAACCUGAUACUGCGAGUCUUAUGAAUUCUGGAAAUUUCAGUCCUUCUGGUCCAAACAGCCCAGGAUCCUUUACUGUUGGCUGUCACAGUAGUAUGUUGAGCACUUCACCAAGUGGGCAAUCUAAAACAGGAGCUGGAUCACCGUAUCCGCCAAAUCAUCCCUUAUCUGGCAGCAAACAUUUGUGUUCAAUUUGCGGCGAUCGUGCUAGUGGCAAACACUACGGAGUUUACAGCUGUGAAGGCUGCAAAGGUUUUUUCAAACGUACAGUACGCAAAGAUUUAUCGUAUGCAUGUAGAGAAGAAAAGUCAUGUAUUAUUGACAAACGGCAACGUAAUCGUUGUCAAUAUUGUCGUUAUCAAAAAUGCCUCGCCAUGGGAAUGAAGCGUGAGGCUGUGCAAGAAGAACGCCAGCGUACCAAGGAACGUGACCAGAGUGAAGUCGAAAGUACAAGCAGUUUGCAUACAGAUAUGCCGGUUGAACGAAUUCUCGAAGCUGAAAAACGGGUUGAAUGCAAAUUAGAACAUCAGGGAAAUUAUGAAAAUGCCGUGUCAAGUAUUUGUACAGCGACAAACAAACAACUGUUUCAAUUAGUAGAGUGGGCAAAACACAUACCACACUUCACAUCAUUACCUAUCGAAGAUCAAGUAUUACUACUACGUGCUGGUUGGAAUGAAUUACUGAUAGCCGCAUUUUCUCACCGGUCAAUAGACGUUCAAGAUGGUAUUGUACUUGGCAAAGAUAUUAUUGUUAACCGAAGUUCGGCCCAACAAGCUGGAUUGAGUGCGAUAUUCGAUCGCGUGUUAUCAGAGCUUGUUACUAAAAUGCGUGAGAUGAAAAUGGAUAAAACAGAACUAGGCUGUUUGCGUGCAAUAAUUUUAUUCAAUUCCGAAAUACGCGGAUUGAAAUCAAUAAGUGAAGUUGAAUUACUAAGAGAAAAAGUAUACGCAGCUCUGGAAGACUAUGUCCGCAUAACCCGGCCAAAUGAACCAGGCCGCUUUGCUAAAUUAUUGUUACGUUUACCGUCACUACGUUCUAUAAGUCUUAAAUGCCUUGAACACUUAUUUUUCUAUCGUCUUAUCAGUAAUAUACCGAUCGAUUCAUUCCUUCUGGAAGUUUUGGAAUCAUCUUCGGAUCCUUAGGAUACGGAGGUGUGCCGAGUACUUGGGCACACCGACAUGUAAAAUUACGCAAUCAUUUUUUAUAUUUUGUUAAAUUCAAUUUAUCGACUAUAUAUUCACCUUCACUUAUUAAUUAUUAUUUAAUAAUAAUGGAUUUUUAUUUUAAUUCGUUAAAAUAAUUUUACUGUUAAGGUAAAAGACCCAAAGGACCCGCUCACUUUUCACGGGAAAUUAAACCACUCAAUAUAAAUUGGGAAAUGAAAUGAAAAAUCAUUUUUUGGAGUACAGUAAAAAAUACUGUGUUGAAAUCAACAUAAUUUGUAUGUUAAAAAUGGCCCACACGAUAUUUAUUAUUUUUAAACACAGACUAUUUGUGUUGAAUUUUAAAACUAUGCACGGCUACGGUUUCCGUGGCGCCACCAAAUGAUCGCGGAUUUUUGUAGAACUCGACGAAAUUAAAAUUUUUUUAAAGAGUAAAAUUUUUCGAUAUCUAGUUUAGUUAUCGAGACAUGAAAUUUAGAAAUUGAAAAAAAAAUUUUUUUUGCAAUGUAUUUUUAAUUUACAGUCCGCGUCACUUGGAUAGCUUCACCUAUUUUUUUUCAAUGACUGAUUCUUUACUCGCUGAUGUAUAAAAUUAUAUGUAUAUUUUAUAUUACUUAUUUAAGACAGAACAAGAUAUGUUGUUAGUGUUCGAGAAACAAAGCGAGGAUAUCGUGAGGGGGACAUGCCACUGGUCGGCAGUUCGUCACAUGGAUAGCCUCAGUCAAAUUUAUUGCGCAAAGGAACUAAUAAGUUUCAUUUUCGUAUUAUUAUGUUGCAAUUUUAUAGCGUAGUGAAAAAAUUAAAAUCGAUUUGAAACACCAAAAUUGGUUACUAUAUAAAAUGGGGCGCAAUAAAAUGUUAAGUAUUGAAGAAAUUAAUAAAAUUAAUUUUUUACUUAAUCAAAAUUUUUUCUCAUCAUGAAAUCGCUAGAAGAGUGAAUAGAAGUGCUAAAGUUAUUAAUAAUUUCGUGAAAAACAAUGAAAACUACGGAAAAAAUUAUAAAGGUCGAACGAAAUUCGCAACAACGCCAAGGGAACGUCGAAUGAUAAUUCGCGCGGCAUCUAAUUCCAUUAAGACUGAAGCAAAUAGCGGCAGAAGUUGGAACAGCAGCAUCUAUUUCAACUGUAACAAAAGGGUGUGCAGUCACCUGAUCCCAGUAAUUUGAUACAACGACAAGUGAUCCCUAAAAAUUGAUCCCACCGACAUCUGAUCCCACCGACAACUGAUCCCAAUGACACCUGGUCCAACUGACAAUAGAUCCCACCGAUCGCAUGUAAUACGUAUUCACAAGAUGCAGCGAUAUUCGAAAAUAAAAUAUAUUAUGCCUUUUUAAUUAUAAAAUAUUGAAUAUAUAAUAUUAACUAUAGAUUUUAAAAUAAAUCAAUAUAUAUUAUUAUUGUGUAAAUAUUUAUGGAUUUUAAAAUGAAUUAAUAUUUAAUAUUAUUGUGAAACUACUCUCUAAAUAUGAAUUAGUGAUUUUUCACUAAUUUCAAGUGAAUAUUCACUAAUUGUCAAUGCUACAAACGUACCACGCAGAAUUAGUGAAUAUUCACUUAAUGAAUAUGUGAAUAUUAGAAUUCACUGAUUUGAUCAGUGAAUAUGAGAAUCCACUAAAUUAAAAAGUGAAUAUGGGAACUUCUAUUUUUUUUUAUUUUGAAAGUUUUUAUUAAAAUUUUAAAAAAUAGUACCAUAAUUAUUAAUUAUAUUUAUAUCUAGUAAAAUAUUUAAUUAUUUUCUAGUUAAAGUUACUAGUGAAAUUGUGUAAUUCAUAAAUUAAGAAGUGAAUAACAGUUUCAAUUGUAAAAAUUAUGAAAAUAUCGCUAGUUCAGUAGUGAAAAUCACUAAUUUGCUAGUAAAAAUUAUAGUACUAAAUUUAUUAGUGAGAAUUCACUGAUUUGUUAUUUGAAUACACUGAUUAUUAAGUGAAUACUGCUUCACUAACGUAAUUAAUGCAAUUUACACUAAUUCAUGUUUAGAGAGUAAUUAUUAAUCUUCAAAUAAAAUUAUAUUCAUUAUUAUUGUGAAAAUAAUUAAGUAUUAUUAUUAAUGUAAGAUAUAAAAAUAUGUGUAACAUCAUAUUAUAUGAGAUUGGUGGGAUCAGUUGUCAGUUGUACCAGUUGUUUGUGGGAUCAGUUGCCCGUGGGAUCAAUUGUCGUGUGAUCAAUUGUCGUGUGAUCACUUGUCGGGGAUCAGUUGUCUGAGAUCAGUUGUCAUGGAACCUAACAAGAGUGAUAAGACGGUCAAAGCAUCUAAAGAGAAUGAAAUUGAAUAAAAAAUCGGCUUUGAAUCAAAAACACACAUCAGCACGACUUUUGUUUGUAAAAGAACAUAUGAGUUGGAUAGAUAAAUGGCUACAAGUAAUUUUUUUAGAUGAAAUAAAAUUAAAUUUAGAUGGACCUGAUGGAUGUAACUAUUACUUUUAUGAUUUGCGGAAGGAAGAAAAAAUUUUGAUUAAGAAUCAGAUAUUGAAAAAAAUAGGUGAAGCUAUCCAAGUGACGCGGACUGUAAUUAAAACAAUUAUUAGAGAAUUUAACGUAACCUAAAUUUGAACUUGAAAUAUUUUUUUUCAUUAUAAAAACGCAUUAAUCAGUUAAAGUGAGUGACUAGUCGGCUGCCCAAUUUCAAAACAGUAGCCGACAAAAAUAAAAUUUUUGAAACAUGAAUCGAAUCAUAUUCACAAGACUCCACUGCAAAUAAAAAUCUUAAAAAAUCGAUUUUAGAAAAUUUGUCCCUUACUGUGUUUUGAAAUUGAGCAGCCGCAGUAGUGGUCGGGCUUAGGGUCUUUUUCCUCAUAAUUAAUUUCGUUUACUCGUGCAAUUUUUAAAAAAUUAAUAUUAUUAAUUAAGACGUUUUUUUUUGUUACGAAAUAUUUUUCUAUUUCUUAAAAUUAUUUAGUAAUUUUUAAAUGUAAAUAGCACCAUAUACUUAAAUAAUAAUAAUAAUAAAUAUAUAAAUAACGUAAAUAAAUAUUACUAUAAAUAUCAGCAAUAUCAAUCGAACAAGAAAAAAAAAUCACAUUCCAUCCUAACCUCUCUUCUGAUAAAUUUCCGUUUACAUGUAAAUUAAUACAAGUUGAAUACUUCUAUAAAUAAAUGUAUACUGUCAUUUUAAGACAUUUUUUUUCCUAUUCACUGUUAAAAAUUAUUUUGUCUGAAUUGAAAAAAAAAAAAAAUAAUAAAUAAUUCUGCUGUCUUAUCAUUUACCGUAAAGAUACAAAAAAAAGUCGGAUGUCUUGUACUUUAGGUUUCAUUAAACUCAUAAGGCAACAUCGUGAUUUUCUGAUAAAUUUCCACUUUGUGUCGGUGUGACAUAAAUAUCUAUUAUUUUAAAAUGCCUGAAUUAAAAAAAUUUUUUUAAAGAAUUUUUUACUGAAUGUUUUUUUCGUAAUUAAUUUUAAACUCAGACAAUUAUUUGAUGAUAGGAAAUCCACAAAAAAAUCUAUUUCUGUAUUUCAAAAAAAAAAAAUGUUUUAAAAUUAUAAGACUAUAAAAUUCUAAUAAUAGACUUACGCUACAUUGUAUAAAAUAUUGUGUUAAAAGUCGACACAAUUUGUGUGUUAAAAAUGAUCUGCACAAUAUUUGUAUUAUCUUUUAACACAGCUCUAGUGGAUCCGAAUUACGGUAAAUUUACCGUAUUUUGAUGUAUAAUUCCAUAGUGCUACGGCAGAUUACAGCAAUCCACGGUAGUUUACCGUAAAUUGCGGCAAUUUACCAUAAUUUAAGGCAUUUUUACCGUAAACACGGUACAAUGCUUGACUUUACGGUAAGAUACUGUAAUUUUGCAGAAAAUCCGCACAUCCUACCCUAGCGGAUCCGAAUCACGGUAAAUACAGUGAUUUACCGUUAAUUACGGUAAUCUACGGUAAAUUACGGUAAUCUACGGCAAAUUUGCGGUGAAGCUGCGGUAAAUAUGCGGCAAUGUUGCGGUGAAAGUACGGUAGUUUACGGUAAAAAUGCCGCAUUUUUACCGUAAAGUUGUGGUAACAGUGCAGUACUUUACCGUAGAAGUUUUGUAAAAUUGCGGUAUUUCACCAUAUAAUUGCGGUAAAUUUGCUGUAUUUUACUGUAAUGUGAAGCAUUUCACUGGAAUGUCUGUUGAUAAUCGGAUAUUUGACUGUAAACAACUGUCUUUACUUGACAUUUCGGUACCGUGUCUUUAAGAUUUGGUAUUGUGUAGUGCUGGAUAUUAUUCAAAUCGUAAAGAAAUCUGUUCCCUAGCAGAUCCGAAUUACGGUAAAUUACAGCAAUUUACCGUAAAUUACCGCAACUUACCGUAAUUUUGCCGAAAAUCUACGGGAAUUUACCGUAAUUGCGGUAAAUUACCGUAGAUUUUCGGCGAAAUUACGGUAAAUUACGGUAUUUACCGCAAUUUACUGUACCCACCAUAAUUACCGUACUUUACGGUAAAAAUGCGAUAAUUUACGGUAAAUUGCGAUCUUUUUACCGUCAACCGCGGCAAAUUACCGCAAUUAACCGCGAAUUACGGUAGAUUACCGCAAUUGCCGUAAUUUACCGUAAUUCAGAUCUGCUAGGGCAUUCACGAAGAAAUAGCGCAAUGUCAUCGUACUUUAACGGUAAAAUACCCCUAGCUUGCCGCACAUUUAUGGUAAAAUACGGUACAUUUACCGUAAAAUACUACAGUUUACUGUAAAAUGUCAUAUUUUACCAUAGUUCUUCUGAAUACCGUAAAUUACAGUCAUUGCCAUUAUUUACGGUAAUCACCGUAAUUUACCAUGAUUCGGAUUCGCCAGAGAGAUCAUUUCACGUUACUGAUGCCAUAAGGGCGUAUCCCGAAAAAAAUACCAAAAUAUCAGUUGAGCACUACUGUUGAGUUCCCCCUCUACCAUCAGUCCGGGUAGCGAACGUGCUGGCUUUAUCGAAAAUCCGCUCGCGUUCAACUCGCUAUUAUUUGACCCCAAUCAAAAAUUAAUUUUUUUCAAAAUAGCCGAGUUUUUCGCAAUUAAAUUCUAGAUUUUUUAGAAUAGGUGCGAGUGCUGUAGUAAAUUUAGUUUCGGAGAUAUUGGCUUCCAAAGAAAAAGCGGUUUUUUGAUUUUUAAAAAUCAAAUUUUUGAGACAAAAUUUUUGAAAAAUGUUAAAAAUGUUCCUUUUAUUACCAGAAAUAUGUGGAAAAAAGAAAAAAUGAAAUCGGUUGAUUUUUCAGCUUGCUAGCUCAAUUUGGUUAUAAAACUUCGAUUGUUAAUAACUAAUAAACUAUCAGUCUGACGGGGAUUUAACCAAAAGCAAAAUUGUAGAUUUUAUUAAGCUCUACAAAUUUUAUAUGAAAACUUAACCCGCCAGAUUGAUAGUUUCAGAGAUAUUUAAUUUUUAAUUUACGUUUUUUUUGUUUGCCUAUUAUUUAUAAACAAAUUGAGACCGCCAUUAGAUACUUGUUACAAUUUCUUAUUAUCCUACUUGGUAUCGAAAUUUCAAAAAAUUAUUAUUUUUCGAUCAAUUUCCAGUUGGCACCGCCGAUUUGGCUAAUUUCUGUGGGCUAAAAGAAUUAUUUGAGACAAUCAUUUGUUGAAACUCGUUUUAGAAAUUAAAAAACCUACUUUUAUUCAAAAUGAUCACUCUCAAUUACAAAUAAAGUGAUCAAAGUUAAUUUCAAAUUUGAAAAAUUUUUUUUUUCGUCAUUUCUACGCGUUUCAAGUAAAAAUACGUUGUUUCCCGAAAAAAAAUUUUUUGGUACGCCCUUAUGGCAUUUGUAACGCGAUAUUUUUAACAUUACAUGAAAUAGUUCGAAAUUAUAAUAUAUUUAGUUAUCUAAAUAUUUUUUAUUAAAAUGAUAAAAAUUCCAGCUUUUAGUAAAUGGUAAAUUUUAAAUAUGAAUAAUUAAAAUUUUUAAGUUAAAUUGACAUUAAUAAAAUGUCCAUUUCACUUUUAUUUUCCUGAUAACUUUUCCGUGACUAUCGAUCGACUUUAACAUAAGUUUUGUGUUAAUUUAAAAGUAACACUUAAUAAAUCUUGAUAACUACAAUUUUUGUACUAAGUAACAUUUCUAAAGUGUUAAAUAGUACAUAGAUUUGAAAUUUUAAAGUAAAAACUAUUGAUUUAACACAAACCGAUUUUAACACACAAUAUUUUUUACUGUGUACCAAUUUUGUUUACUUUUUACAAAUGAUUUUAAACAGUGAAAAAAAACUUUGCUGUAAAUUAACAGCCUAAUUUAGACACAAAUAAAAAAAUCUAUAUAUAUAUAUAUAUAUAUAUAUAUAUAUAUAAAUAUAUAAAUAAUAUACUAUUGUUAUGUAAACUAUAAAAAAAUCGUUAUAAAAAUAAAUUCAAUACUGUAAUUAAAAUUCAUCUAAAAAUUUUCUUUAUAAAAAAAAAUGUAUUUUUUUUUUAUAAUUAAAUUUGUGUAAUAAAAAAAUUUGUCAGCAGUAUAACGAAUGAUAGUUUAAGAGAAUAAAUAAAAUAGAGUACGUUGAUAAUAUAAAUACUAAAAUAAAAACUCUCGUUUUAUUAUUAAUAUUCUUUUAUUAUUAUUAAUUGUGGCUUUGACUGAAUGAUCUAGAUGUAGUUUGGACUCAAUUUCGAAUAAACAAAUUGUGGUUAUGGGUAUUAAUUAAAAAAUAAAUAUAAAAUAAAACAUUUUUUUUUAUAUUUAUUAUUUUUAGUAAUUUUAUAUUUAAAUUUAGUUUAGUACGAAGGUAGACGAGAGUUUCUAGUUUUAUUUUUUAGUUUGAGUCAUUAAUCAUUGGUCCUUGAUAAUUAAUAAAUAAUAUAUUAACUACUGAUUAAAUAACUUUAAAAAAAUAAAUAAUUGAUUAAUGUUUAUAUAUUUUUGAGCGAAUGUUUAUGAUUGUUAGUUGUUGGUUAUUGUUAUUAAAUCAAUUAUAAAGUAAAUGUUAAAAGCUUGCCGUAAAAAUACAAAAUUUAAAUAAAUUAUUUGAAUUUUAUAAAAAUUACAUUUAUUUUUAAUUUAUCUGAUACUGUUUAGUAAUUAAUUUAUUUAUAAUUUUACUGUUAAAUGAAAUUUCAUUGAUUGAAUCUUUGGAAUUUAAUUUUUUUCAAAUUUUAUUUACUGACUUUUGAGACAAGGAUACAAUUUUUUAGUUCAAUUGAGCGAGAAAUGGGCGCGAAUGUUAUAAAAAAUUUUAAAUUAUGUGUUAAAAAUAGUCAUAUAUUUGUAUAUGAUUAUGAAACAUAUUAAAUAUAUAAAUACAAUAUGAAAAAUUUGUGUAAAUUUUUAGUGCACAGAAAAAAAUGAUUUUUUGGAGCAAGAAAAAUUUUUUAUUAUGAAAUGAAAACAGAAAUUUUUUUAGGACUAGAAAAUUUCUUGGCGCAAGAAAAAUUUUGAAUUAAAAACUGAAAGCAAAAAUUUUCUGAGGAAUAAAAAAAAUUUCUUGACACAAGAAAAAUUUUUCACUAUGAAAUAAAACAGAAAUUUUCUUAGGACUAGAAAAUUUCUUGACGCAAGAAAAAUUUUGAAUUAAGAAAUGAAAGCAAAAAUUUUCUGAGAAAUAGAAAAAAUUUCUUAGCUCAAGAAAAAUUUUGCAUUAAGAAAUAAAAACAAAAAUUUUCUUCGGACUAGAAAAAAUUUCUUGACGCAAAAAAAAUUUUUCACGAUGUAAUAGAACAGAAAUUUUCUUAGGACUAGAAAAUUUUCUUAGUUCAAGAAAAAUUUUGAAUUAAGAAAUGAAAAAAAAAAUUUUCUUAGAACU